UCGACGCGCGCGCUUCGUUCGUCGUGAGGGAGGUAUCAACGCCUCCUUCGAUCGCCAUUAUCGAUGUUUCGCGCCUCGAGAAACCCUUUCCGAUCCUCUCUAGCACAAUUUCGAUCCGUUCUCGUCAUCUUCCUUCCUUCCAUAUUUCUCACGUAUCUUUCUCUCUUUCUCCCAUUUUCGCUCGCUCGAGACAACAACCCGAUAAACUUGCUCGCGUGAACAUGACCGGUUGCUUCGAAUCGACGAUCAUUUUCAUCUUGGAUACGCGAUGUACAGAUCUAUCGUUCGGUGAAACUGAUUGAUCAUCGAAUUAUUGUAGGAAGGAUCGAUGGAUGUAGUGCGCGAGAAUGGAACUCGGCAAUUAGUGCGGUACAGAGAUGUUUGCACGACGUAGAGCCGAAUGAGUUACGAGCAAGUGUGUUUGACGACCGAUGAGAGGGCACAGUAGGUAACACGUGUUCUCGAAGGAAUUUCAUCAGGAUUUCAUUUCACCGUCGGAUCUGUGAAUGACGAUGUUGUGAAAAAGUGUAAACAGACGUGUGUCGAUUAGGUGUGAUUAUCGUGGUUUCUGGCAACUGAACUUCGAGGAUUACCACGCGCAGAUAGAAACGACCAGUUAGGAUGGUUCGAGGGUGAAACUGUCAAUGAGACGUUCGUCAGUAUGCUGUGGAUAUUGAUCGCAGUGGCGUGCAUCGAGGUAUCGACCUUAGCCAACGCACAGUCGAAGAAAGCUACUUCCGGUCACGAAGAUGCGAACAACACCGAACAAGAUCAUCCAAUACCGAUGGAGUCGAUACAGGGUGUGGCGGGGCAAAGAGCAACUUUGCCUUGCAAUAUACAACCCCGUGAGCCGAACGACGCGGUUUCUAUGGUGCUUUGGUUCAAAGAGGACAGCGGCGAGCCUCUUUACAGCUACGAUGCAAGAAAUCGACAGAUCGGAAAAGCAAAACUGUGGAGCGCCUCGCAUUUCUGGGGCGACAGGGCGUCUUUCAAAGCGAGUCCACCUGCCCAGCUGACAAUUCGAGAUCUACGGGAGAGCGACGAGGGUGUUUACAGAUGUAGAGUUGACUUCCGGAACUCUCCGACGAGGAAUCUCAAGGUCAACUUCACCGUAAUCGUACCACCGGCCAAGCCGAUAAUCUACGACGCGAAGAGAAGGGACAUGAGCAAACUCCUCGAAGCCUAUCCCGAAGGAGCUGACCUGUUCCUGGUCUGCGAGGUACACGGAGGUAAACCUAGACCUCGAGUCGCGUGGUCUCUGGAGUCGCAGGUAAUCGAUGCACCAUCGGAAGUUCGAGAGACCCAUGGGCCAGCAGGUGAAACGAACGUCGUAACCAUAAGCAACGUGACGCUGAAGGGUCUCACGAGAAGUCACUAUCACGCGAAAUUGUUCUGCAAGGCGAACAACACUCAUUUAGCACCACCACCCACCACUGCUGUUAUCAUCGAACUUCACAUGAGACCAUUAAAAAUCAUGAUCACGGGAAAGGACAAGAUUCUAUCAGCGGGGAAGAGAUACGAAACACGAUGUCAAAGCAUGGGAUCAAAGCCACCGGCCGUUUUAACCUGGUGGAAAGCUUCGAAGCAACUUAAACGAACGAUCAAAGAUUUUCAGGAAGACGGGACAAGCGUGAGCGUGCUCCAAUGGACGCCGUCAAUCGAAGACGAGGGAAAGUUUCUUGUGUGUCGAGCGACGAAUCCAAAGUUACAAGAGGCUGGCAUCGAGGAACGAUGGAAACUGAAAGUACACUUUGCUCCUGUUGUUACGCUGAAGAUGGGAUCAUCGCUGGAUCCAAAGAACAUCAAGGAAGGUGAUGACGUUUACUUCGAGUGCAACGUACGAGCGAAUCCUAGGGCUUACAAACUAGCAUGGUUUCACGAGGAAGAAGAGCUCCAUUACAACGUCACCGCCGGCAUAGUGCUCUCGGACCACUCUCUGGUGCUUCAAAGUAUAACUCGAGAAUCCGCUGGAAGGUACACCUGCAUGGCCUUCAAUGUCGAGGGUCGUGCCAGUUCUAACGUAGUGAACCUCGAGGUGAUGUUCGCACCCGUUUGCAAGCACGUUGUAAACUCGUCGGCAUGGAAGUAUCAAAACGCUACACCUCCGCCGCUGAAUGUUCCCGAAGAGAUUCACGGUGCCUUGAAACACGAAACCAUCAGUUUGGUCUGCGAGGUCGAGGCAAGUCCAACCACCGUCACCUUUCAUUGGACCUUUAACAGCAGCGGCGACCUCACCGACAUUCCGUCCACAAAGUACACGAACGAGGGUACAUCGAGUAGACUCAACUACACGCCAUCAUCCGACAUGGAUUACGGGACGUUAGGUUGUUGGGCCAGCAACAUCAUUGGCUCCUCCAAACAGCCAUGCAUCUAUCAAGUGAUCGCGGCAGGUAGACCGUACCCGUUGCAAAACUGUACGGCGCACAAUCAGACCGGUUCCUGGAUAAAGAUAUCGUGCGUAGAAGGAUACGACGGUGGUUUGCCGCAAAAGUUCGUUGCUAUAGUGGACAAACAGCGUUUGGAGUCAGCGAACCCCUAUUGGGAGCUGGAACUACGGAAACCAACCACCGUCGCCCUUUAUGCGGUCAAUAUGAAGGGUUCCAGCGAUCCGGUGAUCAUGGAAGGUGAAGCGCUAAAAGGAGUCGCUAAAUUUACCGAGAUUUCGUUUAUAGGCGAAUCGGUAUCGUCGGUGGACAUGUCGCCGAUUCUGAUUGGACUUGGCGGUACCGCAACCGGUUUAGGGUUAAUCGUGACCGGAGUACUAAUGGCACUUUGGCGAAAACACGCGGCUACCCCGACCAAACCAAAGCCACCCCAGCAGCCAACUAUCGCGACUUUUGCUGGCAAGGGCGAAGAAGAGGACGGAAAUCCGGAUCUCAUACCUACCACUGCCUUGACCAAUCAUCUUACUGACCGAAAGCUUCUGCACUACGGCUCCUUACCACGAAGGCCGCGUCAGCUGGAAGGUCGAGAGAUGUCCCACGAAGUCCCAGAGGAUUCUGAUUAUCCUCGUGCAUCGCCAAACACAUUUUAUAGCCUUCAAAGGCCGCAUCGAUACUCAGAGACGGUAAUCAGAAGUGCCGUGAUCCAGGAGAGCUGUAUUUAAAAGACGACUUAAGAAUCGAAGAAAAUCUUUGUAACAAACUGAUUGAGAGAAAAGAAACCAGGUCCAAAGAGCUCAGUCAAAGAAGAAACGAGCUCCGUAAAUGUAAUGCUCUUGUCAGCGAAACAGGAUAUAAGAAAAUUAAAAAAAAAACAUAAAUCAAUAAAUAAAAAGAAAGAAGACUAAAGCUAUGCUUACGCCACCUUGUACACGUUUAAGCGUACGAAGACAUUUAUUAGCGAAUCGAUUAACAAUAUGCCUUUGUAAAUAUUGUAUAUAAA